CUCUUUAAUUUCUGGGCAGUUUCAAUUGGCAAAAUGAAAUUGUGACAGUUGGUUUUUGUGGUCAAAUUUCUCACUCUCUCCCCAUUAGUCAUUGUGGACUGAAUAUUGUAACUCCCUUAUCUAAAUUCUGAUGCCAAAGCAAAUUCUCCUAAUUUUAGUCUGUUUCCUGUGAGUCAUAUCUCCUUUCUGACAUCAUAUCCCGACAAAGAACAAAACAUGACCACAAUGACAUGUCUACUCGGAUCAUGUUUCAAUGUUUGCUGGUUGCCCUUAGAUGAUCACGAACUGACUUCACCCCCUGCAGCGAAAAGCAUGACAUUCAACAAAAGCGAGGAAAAAAACUUCAACACUAUCUGCAACAACAAUUUGUCACGGUCGAGCAACAAAUGCAGCAGCAAGAAACACGUGAACAAUCCAAUAAUUAAAGACAAAGAUGUUGGUGGGGUUCCCAUAGGAAAUAAGUUCGAUCAUUCAAGUUGGUCACUCUCUGCAGAUGAAGAUUACAUAGUGUUUUGCUUUGGAAAUGAUGUGGCACAAGAAAACAAAGGAGUCAAUUCUGAGGUUCUUGUCAAAGGUCUAAAUAAAAUGCAGAAAAGUUCAAGGCCAAUGAAUAGGAAGCUGAAGUAUGGUAUGGAUGAAGAACAAGGCAGUGUCUGGAACAUUCAUGACAAAAGAUCAAACUUUAGGCAGCAUCGUAAUGAUGAACGUGGUGGAGGUUCUGUAGUUCACUGCCACCACCCUCAACUAUCCUUGAAUGAAAAGGAACGAGUGAUGGUACAAUCUGAAGGGUCUGCAGAAUCAAGAAGCUCUGACCAAUCUGAAGGCAAUAGAAGUUCUUUUGCCUUCCCUGUGCUAGCUUGGGAAUGGAUUGGAAGCCCAGUGCAAAUGCCAAAAUCAGAAGGUUUGCACCUAAGGAAGCACAAGUCCAGAGCAGUGACAUUUCAGUGUUGUAGAUUCUGAUGCCAUCACAUUCUUUUAUUUAUUAUGUUUGUAUUUUCUCAAGAAUGAAUUCUUUUGUCCAGAUAGUAGUCAGCUACCAAAUUGUACUUGUGUUCAUAGUCAAUCCGUUGUUAUGUAUUAUUAAAUUUUCACGUCUAAUUCAUGAA